GUGUGGAGCAGUCGACACAGAGAUUAGACUAUUGCUCUAUGAACAUUACACAAUUAUUGACUGAUAACAAAGCGUGUAGAUGUUUUUUGAACGGUACAGAUUCUAUAUUGUCUGACCAGGGAUUUAACGGUACUAAUGUCACAUACCAAGGAGAUGUCCCAGUACCUGUAGCACAGCUGUAUUUUGAUAAAACUGUAAUGAACAAGGCUGAUGAUUUCUACCCAGACACAGGAAAUCCACAAUGGAAGUUAGCACUCUGUCUGCUGUUGUCGUGGAUUGUUGUUGUUCUCUGUUUAGUAAGGGGAAUUAAUUCAUCUGGAAAAGUUGUAUAUUUCACAGCCACAUUCCCAUAUGUUAUCUUGUUGAUUUUGUUGAUCCGAGGAGCUACACUAGAUGGUGCUAUUGAUGGAGUAAAAUAUUUUUUGAUACCUGAAUGGUCCAAACUAGCAGAUCUAAAGGUAUGGGUUGCUGCAGCAGGACAGAUGUUUUUCUCUCUCAGUGUAUCGUUUGGUGGAAUUAUAAUGUUUGGAAGUUACAACAAAUUCAGCAACAAUGUAUAUGGUGAUGCCUUGUUAAUCGCUGUAAUGGAUCUGGUUACCAGUAUAAUAGCAGGUUUUGUCAUCUUUACAACAUUUGGAGGAUUAGCUAAGAAAACAGGACUUCAAGUCUCAGAAGUUGCCAGGGGAGGUUAUGGAUUAGCCUUUGUAGCCUACCCUGAGGCAUUGUCUAACCUACCUCUACCUCAAUUAUGGUCUGUUUUGUUUUUCCUCAUGUUGUUUACACUUGGACUUGACAGUGAGUUUGCUUUAUUGGAGACAGUUUUGACAUGUAUACAGGAUGAGUUCCCAAAACUUAGAAAAUAUAAGAGUCACAUGUGUAUUGGAUUGGGAGUGAUAUGUUUCUUUAUGGCUUUACCAUGUAUAACACCAACAGGAGAUUAUAUAGUAGGAUUGAUGGACAGUUAUGGCGCUGAUUUCUCUGUAUUGUGUGUAGCCACAUGUGAAUGUGUAUCCGUACUAUGGGUUUAUGGAGUGACAAGAUUUAUAAAAGAUAUUGAAUUUAUGUUGGGUAAAACCCCAGCACCAACAACAUAUUGGUUGUUUUGUUGGGUGUUAGCUUCACCACUUCUUAUUGGGGGUCUGUUUGCAUACCGUCUAAUUGAGUAUGUACCACCUAAAGUAAAAGAUGGGGUAUUUUCCCCAGAAUUCGCCCAGAUUAUUGGAUGGUGUGUGACUGCCGUAGUAUUAUGUUCUAUACCUUUGUACUUUGUUUAUAAAUUCAUCAUCACUCCUAGGAAAGUCACUGAAAGACUUAAAAUAGUAACAACGCCAACAGCUGACUGGGGACCUAAUACCAAGGAAAAAUUAUACAAUGCUGACUCACAGUUAACAGACAUUGGAAAAGCAGCUUACGCUUAUGACAAUGCAGCUUCACAAUUAUAA